AUGUGGAGAUUUCGGGCAGGCAGAUUUAGUGGAAUUGUGUCUGCCUUGGCGGCGCUUUGUUUCGCCUGCUGCGCUCAAAGCCCAUCCAGCAAGAACAUCUCUGAGGUGAAAGAGAUCGUGGACAAAUUGCUGAAGGGAUAUGAUGUCCGCCUCAGACCAGACUUUGGAGGUAACCCCGUUACUGUGGGAAUGAGUAUCCAUAUCUCCAGCAUCGAUCAGAUCUCAGAAGUCAACAUGGACUACACCAUCACCAUGUAUUUCCAGCAGAGCUGGCGAGACAAACGCCUGGCCUAUAAUGACAUCGCGUUGAACUUGACCCUGGACAACCGUGUGGCUGACCAGCUGUGGCUCCCUGACACUUACUUCCUCAAUGACAAGAAGUCCUUCUUGCAUGGAGUGACAGUGAAGAACCGUAUGAUCCGACUCCAUCCGGAUGGAACCGUGCUAUAUGGCCUCAGAAUCACCACCACAGCAGCUUGCAUGAUGGAUCUGCGAAGAUACCCUCUGGACCAGCAGAACUGCACAUUAGAAAUUGAAAGUUAUGGCUACACAAUUGAUGACAUCGUGUUCUUCUGGCAAGGGAACGACUCUGCCGUGACUGGGAUCGAGGUGCUGGAGCUGCCGCAGUUCACGAUUAUUGAGCAGAGGCUGGUCACCCGAGAGGUGGUCUUCACCACAGGUUCAUAUUUGCGCUUGUCAUUGAGUUUCCGGAUCAAGAGGAACAUUGGCUACUUCAUCCUUCAGACUUAUAUGCCUUCUAUCCUCAUCACUAUCCUGUCCUGGGUGUCCUUCUGGAUCAACUAUGAUGCCUCUGCUGCCAGAGUGGCUCUGGGAGUGACUACUGUCCUUACCAUGACCACCAUCAACACUCACUUGAGGGAGACCCUCCCAAAGAUCCCGUACGUCAAAGCUAUCGACGUGUAUCUCAUGGGCUGUUUUGUCUUCGUGUUCUUGGCCUUGCUGGAAUAUGCCUUUGUCAACUACAUCUUUUUUGGACGGGGCCCUCGGCAGCAGAAGAAGCAGAACGAACGCAUUAAUAAAGCCAACAAUGAACGCCACCGCUAUGAAGAGAAGAGGGUGAGAGAGCAGGUGGACCCCUAUGGCAACAUCCUUCUGAGCACCUUGGAGAUGAACAACGAAUUGAUGUCUACAGACAUGGUGGCAGGCGUCAGCGACUCCCGGAACUCCGUCAUGUCCUUCGACAGCUCAGGAAUCCAGUUCCGCAAGCCCCUGGCUUCCCGGGAUGGCUUCGGCCAGCACGCCACAUUAGACCGCCAUGCCCCACUGGCCCAUCACACCGCUGCUGCACGUAGCCGUGCCAACUGCCGCCUCCGCCGGCGGUCCUCUAAGCUGAAGCUCAAAAUCCCAGACCUGACUGACGUCAGCACCAUUGACAAGUGGUCCCGGAUCAUUUUCCCUAUCACCUUUGGAUUCUUCAACCUCGUUUACUGGUUGUACUAUGUCAAUUGACACCCGCAGACUCCAGGAGGAAUAGGAAAAGACACUCAGACAAUGACGACACAAGAGUGCUGUGGUCCUUUUUGGUUUGCGUUCUUUUUUGUUUGUUUGUUUUUUGGUUCAUUGGUUCGGUUCUCAAAUUCUCUUCUCUUUUCAGCACAUUGCAAAC